GGGGAGGCGCCAGGGCCGCGGCAGAAGCAGGCCGAGGGAGGAGGAGGAGGAUGGCGGCGGCGCGGUCGAGGGGAGACUCGGAGCAGGUCCGCUACUGCGCGCGCUUCAACUACCUGUGCCUCAAGUUCACGCUCAUCACCUACUCCACGGUGUUUUGGUUGCUAGGAGCGUUUGUCUUAGCAGUUGGCAUUUAUGCAGAAGUUGAAAGACAGAAAUAUAAAACCCUUGAAAGUGCCUUUUUAGCUCCAGCCAUUCUUCUAAUACUCCUAGGUAUUAUAAUGUUCCUCGUUUCCUUCGUGGGUGUGCUGGCUUCCUUAAGGGACAACUUAUGCCUUCUUCAAGCUUUCAUGUACAUCUUGGGUAUUUGUUUACUCAUUGAACUAAUUGGUGGAGUUAUGGCCUUGAUGUUCAGGAAUCAGACAAUUGACUUUUUAAAUGAGAACAUCCGAAGAGGGAUUGUGAAUUACUACGAUGACUUGGACUUCAAAAACAUAAUGGAUUUUGUUCAAAAGGAGUUCAAGUGCUGUGGUGGUGAAGAUUUUAAAGACUGGUCAGAAAACCAGUACCAUGACUGCAAUGCCCCAGGACCACUAGCUUGUGGAGUUCCUUACUCUUGCUGUGUCACAAACAAGACAGCAGUUAUCAAUACCAUGUGUGGAUAUAAAACUAUGAACGAAGAGCGCCUGAGUGUCCAACACGUGAUAUAUGUGAGAGGAUGCACAAGCGCUGUACUGAUUUGGUUUUUGGACAACUAUGCCAUCAUGGCUGGCAUUCUGCUUGGGAUAUUGCUGCCACAGUUCCUUGGGGUUUUGCUGUCUUUGCUUUACAUCACCCGAGUAGAAGAUAUAAUUGCAGAACAUAAGCUUAACGAGACUCUGCUUGACGGAGGGAGACGGAGGGCGGACAUUGAAUUUACUAGCGCUGGGUGUUGUAUGUGUUUUCCUGAGUGAUCCCAGGUAUUCCUUUAAGAAAGACAAAUGGCUAACAUCCCUUUGCAUUGUGCCUUGACUGUAGUCAGAACUUAAUGUGAUUUGCAAACAAUAGUCCUUAGGAAACAAACCUCCCAAUUCUUUCCAGUCCUUGAUUAAUUUAUUUUUCUGCUUUGAGUAUUCUUUACAGUUUCACUGGCUUUGAGCUUGAAAUGUGUUGUCUCUUGUAGCAUCUGAAAAUCUAGCCAGUUUCCUGCUUUACGGUAAACAGUAUAGCUAAUCUGGGAGGAAAAUGGUUAUGUAAAUUAAUACAAUAAUUAUUGUAGCCAAACUGACUAUGUACAAAGGCUGCCUAUGUUCCCUAUGCAAGGAUGUCGCUAACAACAUAAAAUCAUCUUUACUUCUUUCUAUUUUUUUAGUCAUUUUCAGAACAUGGUAAGAUUACCAAUGCAGGUGGCACAAUCUCAAGUUCACUCUAAAAGCAUCUUUUGAUGACUUUCCCACCUCAGAACGAUGGUUAGCUUGAAGUAGCUAUUUCCUAAUUUUUUUCCAAAGGAUAUUUGCUACUUUGUUUUUUAUUAGCUGACUGAAUUCAGGCUUUUUAAAAACUCAAAAGUUUUGUGUAGGUUCUUUUUAUUUUCAAGACUUGGGUCCUAUUAUUUUGUGGGCAUGUUCAGUUUUGGGUGGAAGCCUGUGUAAGUAAUACUUACCUGUCCAAAUUGUGUCAUUUUAUUGAUUCCUAAUGAAGUAUGUUUUUAAAGUACUGUGCAAUCGUUUUGAUGCUGCUGCUUAUGGGUUAGUGAAAACACUGGAGGCCUUGAUUAAUCUUUUGUGCCUUUCUACUAUAAACCACUAUCUGGAUUAAGUCAGAUAUGGCAGCUUGCUUUGAUGACAAUUUAAUUUCCUAAUUUAUAUAUUUUUGUAUGAUAUUUGGUAUCCCUGAUUAAUCUGAGUCCUGUAUGUAUUGUGAUGUACUGUAUUCUUCCUGCCUAUUGACUGGAAUUCUGGUGUGUACAGAGAUGCAAUUCUUUAUAUAGAAAAUAAAUUUUAUGAUUUUGUAAAAAAAGAAAACAGAAAAUAUUUUAUUUGGUUAUGUGGUUUAAAAAAAGUUGUUUUCCUUGCUAAUAAGGUGAGGAAUCAAAUGUAAACCAAGACAUGCAUUUUUAGUGCCACUGAAAGGUUUUUCAAUCAACAGGUCACAUUGACAGCAGCAUGGAACUUAAAAAUUUUUAUUUUAAAAAAUGUACAAAGAGCAGCAUGACAACACCUAUUUCAGACCGAAUCCCAAUUGUUCAUCCGUAAAAACAUCUUAAUUUGGCAAGCUAUCCACCAAUUAGGAAAAAAAAAAGUCCUAAUUUCGUAAGACAGAGGAGAGACUCCAGCAGGGUAGCUGUUCUCCUAAUGGCUCA